UGUUUAUCAUGCCACAACACAAUACUGACAUAACCUCCCCAUUUCGUCACUAUCUCUUAUAAGCAACACAAAACCAUGGCACAUGUCUCAUUCAGAAUAUUUAGAUGAUAAGGAAAUUUUGCAACCUCAACCGUUAAUUGUUUCUCCCUCUCAGAGACCAUGGAGGUGAAUUUCAAGACACUUUCCUUUGAAAACCAAGAAGCUGAGCCUGAAAUGGAAGAAAACUUGCACUUUCUCAAGUCUCUUCAGGAGCUAAGAGAACUGCGGGCUCAGCUUCACCAUGCUGCAGAUUACUGUGAAACAAGGUUCUUGAAGAGUGAAAAGAAGAAAGAUGUGAUAGAAAACACAAGAGAGUACAUAUGUAGGGCCGUGGUCACUGUAGUUGAUCAUCUUGGAAAUGUCUCAGCCAAUCUUGAAGGCCUUAUAUCUCACACAAAUGCAUUUUCUGAGGCUGAGUCACGAAUCCAGUGCCUCAAACAAAGACUUUUGUCAUGUGAACAAUAUGCUGACAAGCUUGCCCUCACAAAUAUGCAAUGGAGGGAGAAAUUGCCAAGAUUCCAUUCCAGAUAUUUAUCAUCUCCACCUAUCCUUGAGAGAUUAAGCUCUGAAAAAUUAAGUGAUUCUAAAAAUGAUGUUCCUUCAAAAUUAGAAAACCAUACACUGAAAUCACAAGAGCAUUUGCCAGUGUUUAUGAACCCUCAGAAGCCAUGUGCUGCUAAGAAUUUGAAGCCAACUACUGCUACAGUUCAUGGGCACAACAAUAUGGCUAUCGUGGUACCUGUUCGCGACGGUUUUUCAGUGCUAACAAAAGUUUCAAAUCCUACAUUUCAUUUCCAAGGUGCUCCGAAGGUUCCACGCCAUAGAAGAUCCUUGAAUGGCAGUGACAUCUUAUGGCUUAUAAGGCGUACGAAACGAACCCAUGAGUCUUAGGUACUAGUGGUUUAUCAUUUCCAUUUUGUAGUUCAAUGUUAAUUGUAUGAUUCAAGAACCAAACAUUAUCAGUCAGUAAAUAUUUGUAUUUGAGGCACAUUGGAAGUAGUUGCUUUUGUAAACUUAACAACUUUGAAUUGAA